AUGGCGUCUUCCAAGGUGGAUGGGCCUGCUGCAGCGUCUGGGAAAAGUGAAUUUCGUAGCCAGAAGCCUAAGCCGGAGAACCAAGAUGAAUCAGAACUCCUCACUGUUCCUGAUGGUUGGAAGGAGCCAGCUUUUUCCAAAGAGGACAAUACAAGAGGACUCUUGGAGGAGAGCAGUUUUGCAACUUUGUUUCCAAAAUAUAGAGAGGCUUACUUGAAAGAAUGCUGGCCAUUGGUACAGAAAGCCUUGAAUGAACAUCAUGUUAAUGCAACCCUGGACCUGAUCGAGGGCAGCAUGACUGUCUGUACAACAAAGAAGACAUUUGAUCCAUAUAUCAUCAUUAGGGCCAGAGACUUAAUAAAACUAUUACCAAGGAGUGUUUCGUUUGAACAGGCAGUACGAAUUCUUCAGGAUGAUGUUGCAUGUGACAUCAUUAAAAUAGGUUCUUUAGUAAGAAAUAAGGAAAGAUUUGUAAAAAGAAGACAACGGCUUAUUGGUCCCAAAGGAUCUACGUUGAAGGCGUUGGAACUCCUAACAGACUGUUACAUUAUGGUUCAGGGAAACACGGUUUCAGCCAUUGGACCUUUUAGUGGCUUAAAAGAGGUUCGAAAAGUAGUCCUAGACACUAUGAAGAAUAUUCAUCCAAUUUAUAACAUUAAAACCUUAAUGAUUAAACGAGAGUUGGCGAAAGAUUCUGAGUUAAGAUCACAAAGUUGGGAAAGAUUUUUGCCACAGUUCAAGCACAAAAAUGUGAAUAAACGCAAGGAACCAAAGAAGAAAACUGUUAAGAAGGCGUAUACACCAUUCCCACCACCACAGCCAGAAAGUCAGAUUGACAAAGAAUUGGCUAGUGGUGAAUACUUUUUGAAGGCAAGUCAAAAGAAGAGACAGAAAAUGGAAGCAAUAAAGGCUAAACAAGCAGAAGCUCUUAGUAAGAGACAAGAGGAAAUAAACAAAGCUUUUAUUCCACCUAAAGAAAAACUAGUUGUGAAACCUAAGCAAGCUUCUACUGAAAUUAAAAUUGAUGUGGCUGCCAUCAAGGAAAAGGUUAAGAAAGCAAAGAAUAAGAAAUUGGGGGCUCUUACAGCUGAAGAAGUUAAGCUUAAAAUGGAAGCAGAUGAAAAGAAAAAGAAAAAAAAGUAACAUAAAAAAACAAAAAAAACCCUGAGCUAGAAUUUAUUAAGCUAUCUCCUUUUGUAAAGGAUUUUGAGAUACUAGGGCAUUAGUCGCCUUAUCCGUGAGAAGACCCUGAUCAGUUUUUUCUGAGUUUGUUUUGUUCUUUAUAACAGUGUUUAUAUAAACAACUAUUCUUUAUAAAUUAUUGUAUUCUCCAUAUGUUUUUUGAAAAAUUUUAUACUAGAGAGUGGUAUCAUGUGUUUAUAUGCAUUGCACCUAAUCUAUUCCAGGCAGGUUUUACCUAAGCAUGGUUUUAGGGGUUAUUCUUAAGGUUGCUUAUAUAAAGAUUUUUGGAAUGUGGCUACUGUAAUUAAAUCCAAUGUCCGAGGCCAUUUGUUGGUCUUUAAUCAUGUCCCAGCAUUUGGUUUUGAGGAAAAUUGAUUUUUCAGUGCUCUCUCUAAUGAUACCAAGUAAACAUGUAGGCUUAUUCCUUUUCGUAAUCUCAUUUUACAUUUUGUUCCAAGAUUAAUCCAUAAUCCAGAAAAACAAGGCCAUUUAAAUUAAUUCCCUUAAUUACUAUUCCAGUCUGAGUACUAAACCAGAAAGACAUCAAAUUGCAAGAGAGCAGGGACAACCAGAUAUUUAGAGUUGAAGCAGCAUGCAACAGGUUAUAUAGAAAUGUUUUCUACUAAUGAGGGCCAGUGCAGUUAUUCAGACUCACCUAAAUCUAGCUUGCUAUUUUACAUAUUUAGAAGCUGAGGCAUACAGGGGAUAGGUUACUCACUGUAAGUCACAGCUGUUGCAGCCUGAA